AUGGUUGAUACUCUGAUUAGUCGGUCUGGAAGAAACUUAUUACCUGGUAUUUCAGUGGAAGUGAAUUCGUUGGAAGAUGAGCAAAAUAGAGCCAAUGGUCGAUACACGAAAGUCGUAGGACGUGAUCGAUCCGAUUUGAAAGGAAGAAACUUAUUACCUGGUAUUUCAGUGGAAGUGAAUUCGUUGGAAGAUGAGCAAAAUAGAGCCAAUGGUCGAUACACGAAAGUCGUAGGACGUGAUCGAUCCGAUUUGAAAGGAAGAAACUUAUUACCUGGUAUUUCAGUGGAAGUGAAUUCGUUGGAAGAUGAGCAAAAUAGAGCCAAUGGUCGAUACACGAAAGUCGUAGGACGUGAUCGAUCCGAUUUGAAAGGAAGAAACUUAUUACCUGGUAUUUCAGUGGAAGUGAAUUCGUUGGAAGAUGAGCAAAAUAGAGCCAAUGGUCGAUACACGAAAGUCGUAGGACGUGAUCGAUCCGAUUUGAAAGGAAGAAACUUAUUACCUGGUAUUUCAGUGGAAGUGAAUUCGUUGGAAGAUGAGCAAAAUAGAGCCAAUGGUCGAUACACGAAAGUCGUAGGACGUGAUCGAUCCGAUUUGAAAGGAAGAAACUUAUUACCUGGUAUUUCAGUGGAAGUGAAUUCGUUGGAAGAUGAGCAAAAUAGAGCCAAUGGUCGAUACACGAAAGUCGUAGGACGUGAUCGAUCCGAUUUGAAAGGAAGAAACUUAUUACCUGGUAUUUCAGUGGAAGUGAAUUCGUUGGAAGAUGAGCAAAAUAGAGCCAAUGGUCGAUACACGAAAGUCGUAGGACGUGAUCGAUCCGAUUUGAAAGGAAGAAACUUAUUACCUGGUAUUUCAGUGGAAGUGAAUUCGUUGGAAGAUGAGCAAAAUAGAGCCAAUGGUCGAUACACGAAAGUCGUAGGACGUGAUCGAUCCGAUUUGAAAGGAAGAAACUUAUUACCUGGUAUUUCAGUGGAAGUGAAUUCGUUGGAAGAUGAGCAAAAUAGAGCCAAUGGUCGAUACACGAAAGUCGUAGGACGUGAUCGAUCCGAUUUGAAAGGAAGAAACUUAUUACCUGGUAUUUCAGUGGAAGUGAAUUCGUUGGAAGAUGAGCAAAAUAGAGCCAAUGGUCGAUACACGAAAGUCGUAGGACGUGAUCGAUCCGAUUUGAAAGGAAGAAACUUAUUACCUGGUAUUUCAGUGGAAGUGAAUUCGUUGGAAGAUGAGCAAAAUAGAGCCAAUGGUCGAUACACGAAAGUCGUAGGACGUGAUCGAUCCGAUUUGAAAGGAAGAAACUUAUUACCUGGUAUUUCAGUGGAAGUGAAUUCGUUGGAAGAUGAGCAAAAUAGAGCCAAUGGUCGAUACACGAAAGUCGUAGGACGUGAUCGAUCCGAUUUGAAAGGAAGAAACUUAUUACCUGGUAUUUCAGUGGAAGUGAAUUCGUUGGAAGAUGAGCAAAAUAGAGCCAAUGGUCGAUACACGAAAGUCGUAGGACGUGAUCGAUCCGAUUUGAAAGGAAGAAACUUAUUACCUGGUAUUUCAGUGGAAGUGAAUUCGUUGGAAGAUGAGCAAAAUAGAGCCAAUGGUCGAUACACGAAAGUCGUAGGACGUGAUCGAUCCGAUUUGAAAGGAAGAAACUUAUUACCUGGUAUUUCAGUGGAAGUGAAUUCGUUGGAAGAUGAGCAAAAUAGAGCCAAUGGUCGAUACACGAAAGUCGUAGGACGUGAUCGAUCCGAUUUGAAAGGAAGAAACUUAUUACCUGGUAUUUCAGUGGAAGUGAAUUCGUUGGAAGAUGAGCAAAAUAGAGCCAAUGGUCGAUACACGAAAGUCGUAGGACGUGAUCGAUCCGAUUUGAAAGGAAGAAACUUAUUACCUGGUAUUUCAGUGGAAGUGAAUUCGUUGGAAGAUGAGCAAAAUAGAGCCAAUGGUCGAUACACGAAAGUCGUAGGACGUGAUCGAUCCGAUUUGAAAGGAAGAAACUUAUUACCUGGUAUUUCAGUGGAAGUGAAUUCGUUGGAAGAUGAGCAAAAUAGAGCCAAUGGUCGAUACACGAAAGUCGUAGGACGUGAUCGAUCCGAUUUGAAAGGAAGAAACUUAUUACCUGGUAUUUCAGUGGAAGUGAAUUCGUUGGAAGAUGAGCAAAAUAGAGCCAAUGGUCGAUACACGAAAGUCGUAGGACGUGAUCGAUCCGAUUUGAAAGGAAGAAACUUAUUACCUGGUAUUUCAGUGGAAGUGAAUUCGUUGGAAGAUGAGCAAAAUAGAGCCAAUGGUCGAUACACGAAAGUCGUAGGACGUGAUCGAUCCGAUUUGAAAGGAAGAAACUUAUUACCUGGUAUUUCAGUGGAAGUGAAUUCGUUGGAAGAUGAGCAAAAUAGAGCCAAUGGUCGAUACACGAAAGUCGUAGGACGUGAUCGAUCCGAUUUGAAAGGAAGAAACUUAUUACCUGGUAUUUCAGUGGAAGUGAAUUCGUUGGAAGAUGAGCAAAAUAGAGCCAAUGGUCGAUACACGAAAGUCGUAGGACGUGAUCGAUCCGAUUUGAAAGGAAGAAACUUAUUACCUGGUAUUUCAGUGGAAGUGAAUUCGUUGGAAGAUGAGCAAAAUAGAGCCAAUGGUCGAUACACGAAAGUCGUAGGACGUGAUCGAUCCGAUUUGAAAGGAAGAAACUUAUUACCUGGUAUUUCAGUGGAAGUGAAUUCGUUGGAAGAUGAGCAAAAUAGAGCCAAUGGUCGAUACACGAAAGUCGUAGGACGUGAUCGAUCCGAUUUGAAAGGAAGAAACUUAUUACCUGGUAUUUCAGUGGAAGUGAAUUCGUUGGAAGAUGAGCAAAAUAGAGCCAAUGGUCGAUACACGAAAGUCGUAGGACGUGAUCGAUCCGAUUUGAAAGGAAGAAACUUAUUACCUGGUAUUUCAGUGGAAGUGAAUUCGUUGGAAGAUGAGCAAAAUAGAGCCAAUGGUCGAUACACGAAAGUCGUAGGACGUGAUCGAUCCGAUUUGAAAGGAAGAAACUUAUUACCUGGUAUUUCAGUGGAAGUGAAUUCGUUGGAAGAUGAGCAAAAUAGAGCCAAUGGUCGAUACACGAAAGUCGUAGGACGUGAUCGAUCCGAUUUGAAAGGAAGAAACUUAUUACCUGGUAUUUCAGUGGAAGUGAAUUCGUUGGAAGAUGAGCAAAAUAGAGCCAAUGGUCGAUACACGAAAGUCGUAGGACGUGAUCGAUCCGAUUUGAAAGGAAGAAACUUAUUACCUGGUAUUUCAGUGGAAGUGAAUUCGUUGGAAGAUGAGCAAAAUAGAGCCAAUGGUCGAUACACGAAAGUCGUAGGACGUGAUCGAUCCGAUUUGAAAGGAAGAAACUUAUUACCUGGUAUUUCAGUGGAAGUGAAUUCGUUGGAAGAUGAGCAAAAUAGAGCCAAUGGUCGAUACACGAAAGUCGUAGGACGUGAUCGAUCCGAUUUGAAAGGAAGAAACUUAUUACCUGGUAUUUCAGUGGAAGUGAAUUCGUUGGAAGAUGAGCAAAAUAGAGCCAAUGGUCGAUACACGAAAGUCGUAGGACGUGAUCGAUCCGAUUUGAAAGGAAGAAACUUAUUACCUGGUAUUUCAGUGGAAGUGAAUUCGUUGGAAGAUGAGCAAAAUAGAGCCAAUGGUCGAUACACGAAAGUCGUAGGACGUGAUCGAUCCGAUUUGAAAGGAAGAAACUUAUUACCUGGUAUUUCAGUGGAAGUGAAUUCGUUGGAAGAUGAGCAAAAUAGAGCCAAUGGUCGAUACACGAAAGUCGUAGGACGUGAUCGAUCCGAUUUGAAAGGAAGAAACUUAUUACCUGGUAUUUCAGUGGAAGUGAAUUCGUUGGAAGAUGAGCAAAAUAGAGCCAAUGGUCGAUACACGAAAGUCGUAGGACGUGAUCGAUCCGAUUUGAAAGGAAGAAACUUAUUACCUGGUAUUUCAGUGGAAGUGAAUUCGUUGGAAGAUGAGCAAAAUAGAGCCAAUGGUCGAUACACGAAAGUCGUAGGACGUGAUCGAUCCGAUUUGAAAGGAAGAAACUUAUUACCUGGUAUUUCAGUGGAAGUGAAUUCGUUGGAAGAUGAGCAAAAUAGAGCCAAUGGUCGAUACACGAAAGUCGUAGGACGUGAUCGAUCCGAUUUGAAAGGAAGAAACUUAUUACCUGGUAUUUCAGUGGAAGUGAAUUCGUUGGAAGAUGAGCAAAAUAGAGCCAAUGGUCGAUACACGAAAGUCGUAGGACGUGAUCGAUCCGAUUUGAAAGGAAGAAACUUAUUACCUGGUAUUUCAGUGGAAGUGAAUUCGUUGGAAGAUGAGCAAAAUAGAGCCAAUGGUCGAUACACGAAAGUCGUAGGACGUGAUCGAUCCGAUUUGAAAGGAAGAAACUUAUUACCUGGUAUUUCAGUGGAAGUGAAUUCGUUGGAAGAUGAGCAAAAUAGAGCCAAUGGUCGAUACACGAAAGUCGUAGGACGUGAUCGAUCCGAUUUGAAAGGAAGAAACUUAUUACCUGGUAUUUCAGUGGAAGUGAAUUCGUUGGAAGAUGAGCAAAAUAGAGCCAAUGGUCGAUACACGAAAGUCGUAGGACGUGAUCGAUCCGAUUUGAAAGGAAGAAACUUAUUACCUGGUAUUUCAGUGGAAGUGAAUUCGUUGGAAGAUGAGCAAAAUAGAGCCAAUGGUCGAUACACGAAAGUCGUAGGACGUGAUCGAUCCGAUUUGAAAGGAAGAAACUUAUUACCUGGUAUUUCAGUGGAAGUGAAUUCGUUGGAAGAUGAGCAAAAUAGAGCCAAUGGUCGAUACACGAAAGUCGUAGGACGUGAUCGAUCCGAUUUGAAAGGAAGAAACUUAUUACCUGGUAUUUCAGUGGAAGUGAAUUCGUUGGAAGAUGAGCAAAAUAGAGCCAAUGGUCGAUACACGAAAGUCGUAGGACGUGAUCGAUCCGAUUUGAAAGGAAGAAACUUAUUACCUGGUAUUUCAGUGGAAGUGAAUUCGUUGGAAGAUGAGCAAAAUAGAGCCAAUGGUCGAUACACGAAAGUCGUAGGACGUGAUCGAUCCGAUUUGAAAGGAAGAAACUUAUUACCUGGUAUUUCAGUGGAAGUGAAUUCGUUGGAAGAUGAGCAAAAUAGAGCCAAUGGUCGAUACACGAAAGUCGUAGGACGUGAUCGAUCCGAUUUGAAAGGAAGAAACUUAUUACCUGGUAUUUCAGUGGAAGUGAAUUCGUUGGAAGAUGAGCAAAAUAGAGCCAAUGGUCGAUACACGAAAGUCGUAGGACGUGAUCGAUCCGAUUUGAAAGGAAGAAACUUAUUACCUGGUAUUUCAGUGGAAGUGAAUUCGUUGGAAGAUGAGCAAAAUAGAGCCAAUGGUCGAUACACGAAAGUCGUAGGACGUGAUCGAUCCGAUUUGAAAGGAAGAAACUUAUUACCUGGUAUUUCAGUGGAAGUGAAUUCGUUGGAAGAUGAGCAAAAUAGAGCCAAUGGUCGAUACACGAAAGUCGUAGGACGUGAUCGAUCCGAUUUGAAAGGAAGAAACUUAUUACCUGGUAUUUCAGUGGAAGUGAAUUCGUUGGAAGAUGAGCAAAAUAGAGCCAAUGGUCGAUACACGAAAGUCGUAGGACGUGAUCGAUCCGAUUUGAAAGGAAGAAACUUAUUACCUGGUAUUUCAGUGGAAGUGAAUUCGUUGGAAGAUGAGCAAAAUAGAGCCAAUGGUCGAUACACGAAAGUCGUAGGACGUGAUCGAUCCGAUUUGAAAGGAAGAAACUUAUUACCUGGUAUUUCAGUGGAAGUGAAUUCGUUGGAAGAUGAGCAAAAUAGAGCCAAUGGUCGAUACACGAAAGUCGUAGGACGUGAUCGAUCCGAUUUGAAAGGAAGAAACUUAUUACCUGGUAUUUCAGUGGAAGUGAAUUCGUUGGAAGAUGAGCAAAAUAGAGCCAAUGGUCGAUACACGAAAGUCGUAGGACGUGAUCGAUCCGAUUUGAAAGGAAGAAACUUAUUACCUGGUAUUUCAGUGGAAGUGAAUUCGUUGGAAGAUGAGCAAAAUAGAGCCAAUGGUCGAUACACGAAAGUCGUAGGACGUGAUCGAUCCGAUUUGAAAGGAAGAAACUUAUUACCUGGUAUUUCAGUGGAAGUGAAUUCGUUGGAAGAUGAGCAAAAUAGAGCCAAUGGUCGAUACACGAAAGUCGUAGGACGUGAUCGAUCCGAUUUGAAAGGAAGAAACUUAUUACCUGGUAUUUCAGUGGAAGUGAAUUCGUUGGAAGAUGAGCAAAAUAGAGCCAAUGGUCGAUACACGAAAGUCGUAGGACGUGAUCGAUCCGAUUUGAAAGGAAGAAACUUAUUACCUGGUAUUUCAGUGGAAGUGAAUUCGUUGGAAGAUGAGCAAAAUAGAGCCAAUGGUCGAUACACGAAAGUCGUAGGACGUGAUCGAUCCGAUUUGAAAGGAAGAAACUUAUUACCUGGUAUUUCAGUGGAAGUGAAUUCGUUGGAAGAUGAGCAAAAUAGAGCCAAUGGUCGAUACACGAAAGUCGUAGGACGUGAUCGAUCCGAUUUGAAAGGAAGAAACUUAUUACCUGGUAUUUCAGUGGAAGUGAAUUCGUUGGAAGAUGAGCAAAAUAGAGCCAAUGGUCGAUACACGAAAGUCGUAGGACGUGAUCGAUCCGAUUUGAAAGGAAGAAACUUAUUACCUGGUAUUUCAGUGGAAGUGAAUUCGUUGGAAGAUGAGCAAAAUAGAGCCAAUGGUCGAUACACGAAAGUCGUAGGACGUGAUCGAUCCGAUUUGAAAGGAAGAAACUUAUUACCUGGUAUUUCAGUGGAAGUGAAUUCGUUGGAAGAUGAGCAAAAUAGAGCCAAUGGUCGAUACACGAAAGUCGUAGGACGUGAUCGAUCCGAUUUGAAAGGAAGAAACUUAUUACCUGGUAUUUCAGUGGAAGUGAAUUCGUUGGAAGAUGAGCAAAAUAGAGCCAAUGGUCGAUACACGAAAGUCGUAGGACGUGAUCGAUCCGAUUUGAAAGGAAGAAACUUAUUACCUGGUAUUUCAGUGGAAGUGAAUUCGUUGGAAGAUGAGCAAAAUAGAGCCAAUGGUCGAUACACGAAAGUCGUAGGACGUGAUCGAUCCGAUUUGAAAGGAAGAAACUUAUUACCUGGUAUUUCAGUGGAAGUGAAUUCGUUGGAAGAUGAGCAAAAUAGAGCCAAUGGUCGAUACACGAAAGUCGUAGGACGUGAUCGAUCCGAUUUGAAAGGAAGAAACUUAUUACCUGGUAUUUCAGUGGAAGUGAAUUCGUUGGAAGAUGAGCAAAAUAGAGCCAAUGGUCGAUACACGAAAGUCGUAGGACGUGAUCGAUCCGAUUUGAAAGGAAGAAACUUAUUACCUGGUAUUUCAGUGGAAGUGAAUUCGUUGGAAGAUGAGCAAAAUAGAGCCAAUGGUCGAUACACGAAAGUCGUAGGACGUGAUCGAUCCGAUUUGAAAGGAAGAAACUUAUUACCUGGUAUUUCAGUGGAAGUGAAUUCGUUGGAAGAUGAGCAAAAUAGAGCCAAUGGUCGAUACACGAAAGUCGUAGGACGUGAUCGAUCCGAUUUGAAAGGAAGAAACUUAUUACCUGGUAUUUCAGUGGAAGUGAAUUCGUUGGAAGAUGAGCAAAAUAGAGCCAAUGGUCGAUACACGAAAGUCGUAGGACGUGAUCGAUCCGAUUUGAAAGGAAGAAACUUAUUACCUGGUAUUUCAGUGGAAGUGAAUUCGUUGGAAGAUGAGCAAAAUAGAGCCAAUGGUCGAUACACGAAAGUCGUAGGACGUGAUCGAUCCGAUUUGAAAGGAAGAAACUUAUUACCUGGUAUUUCAGUGGAAGUGAAUUCGUUGGAAGAUGAGCAAAAUAGAGCCAAUGGUCGAUACACGAAAGUCGUAGGACGUGAUCGAUCCGAUUUGAAAGGAAGAAACUUAUUACCUGGUAUUUCAGUGGAAGUGAAUUCGUUGGAAGAUGAGCAAAAUAGAGCCAAUGGUCGAUACACGAAAGUCGUAGGACGUGAUCGAUCCGAUUUGAAAGGAAGAAACUUAUUACCUGGUAUUUCAGUGGAAGUGAAUUCGUUGGAAGAUGAGCAAAAUAGAGCCAAUGGUCGAUACACGAAAGUCGUAGGACGUGAUCGAUCCGAUUUGAAAGGAAGAAACUUAUUACCUGGUAUUUCAGUGGAAGUGAAUUCGUUGGAAGAUGAGCAAAAUAGAGCCAAUGGUCGAUACACGAAAGUCGUAGGACGUGAUCGAUCCGAUUUGAAAGGAAGAAACUUAUUACCUGGUAUUUCAGUGGAAGUGAAUUCGUUGGAAGAUGAGCAAAAUAGAGCCAAUGGUCGAUACACGAAAGUCGUAGGACGUGAUCGAUCCGAUUUGAAAGGAAGAAACUUAUUACCUGGUAUUUCAGUGGAAGUGAAUUCGUUGGAAGAUGAGCAAAAUAGAGCCAAUGGUCGAUACACGAAAGUCGUAGGACGUGAUCGAUCCGAUUUGAAAGGAAGAAACUUAUUACCUGGUAUUUCAGUGGAAGUGAAUUCGUUGGAAGAUGAGCAAAAUAGAGCCAAUGGUCGAUACACGAAAGUCGUAGGACGUGAUCGAUCCGAUUUGAAAGGAAGAAACUUAUUACCUGGUAUUUCAGUGGAAGUGAAUUCGUUGGAAGAUGAGCAAAAUAGAGCCAAUGGUCGAUACACGAAAGUCGUAGGACGUGAUCGAUCCGAUUUGAAAGGAAGAAACUUAUUACCUGGUAUUUCAGUGGAAGUGAAUUCGUUGGAAGAUGAGCAAAAUAGAGCCAAUGGUCGAUACACGAAAGUCGUAGGACGUGAUCGAUCCGAUUUGAAAGGAAGAAACUUAUUACCUGGUAUUUCAGUGGAAGUGAAUUCGUUGGAAGAUGAGCAAAAUAGAGCCAAUGGUCGAUACACGAAAGUCGUAGGACGUGAUCGAUCCGAUUUGAAAGGAAGAAACUUAUUACCUGGUAUUUCAGUGGAAGUGAAUUCGUUGGAAGAUGAGCAAAAUAGAGCCAAUGGUCGAUACACGAAAGUCGUAGGACGUGAUCGAUCCGAUUUGAAAGGAAGAAACUUAUUACCUGGUAUUUCAGUGGAAGUGAAUUCGUUGGAAGAUGAGCAAAAUAGAGCCAAUGGUCGAUACACGAAAGUCGUAGGACGUGAUCGAUCCGAUUUGAAAGGAAGAAACUUAUUACCUGGUAUUUCAGUGGAAGUGAAUUCGUUGGAAGAUGANUUGCUCAGAAUCUGUAGUUGA